AUGCGUCCUCACACCCUUUGGCGGCCUUUGAGACUGGUCCAAUGCUCUAACUCGCGUUCCUUUCUCCCCGCCAGACCAACUUGCCGGAGCAUACGCUACCUUAGUUCUGCAGCACCCCGAGUCCCUGAUUUUGCCUUUGCAUUUGACAUCGACGGUGUCCUUCUUCGAUCGUCAACUCCUAUCCCCGGAGCGGCUGAAUCGUUAGCUCUUCUUAAAAAAGAAGGCAUUCCGUUUAUCCUUCUGACCAAUGGUGGUGGAAAACAUGAAACCGAACGCGUUGCUGAAAUCAGCGAGAAACUACAAGUUCCAUUGGAUGCAGACGUGAUCAUUCAGAGCCAUUCACCAUUCGCUGAAAUGGUGCAGGGAACGAAGACUCAACCCGCUUUGGAGAACAAACGCGUCUUAGUAGUUGGUGGGGAUGGAGAUGGAUGUCGUGCGGUAGCAGAGAGGUACGGGUUCAAAAACGUCGUAACACCUGGCGAUAUUUUGAUGGCCAACCCAUCCAUCUGGCCCUUUUCCAAGGGGUUCAGCGACUACUACAAGACGUUUACGAGACCCUUGUCUCACACAGGAGAGCCCGGGGAUCCAACCAAGGGCCUCAAGAUUGACGCUAUAUUCGUAUUCAAUGACCCGAGGGACUGGGCGCUGGACGCUCAUGUCAUCGUUGACCUCUUGCUUUCAUCGCAAGGAGUCCUAGGGACUCUAUCAGAAAAGAAUGGCCGCGCCGAUCUUCCCAAUCGUGGAUAUCAGCAGGAUGGACAGCCACCGCUUUACUUCUCCAACCCGGAUCUCUGGUGGGCUGCUGCUUACAGCCUCCCUCGUCUAGGCCAGGGCGGUUUCCGCGAAGCUUUGGAAGGCACUUGGAGUGCAAUCACUGGAGGCUCUAGCAAGGGCGUUGAGCUAAAGAAGACAGUUAUUGGUAAGCCGUCGCAAGGAACAUACGAGUUCGCGGAGAAUCAGCUCCUGCGUAACCGUUCUAGAGCGUUCGGUUUCAAAACAGAAAGAUCUUUAAGAAACGUUUACAUGGUUGGGGACAACCCCGAAUCCGAUAUUCGUGGAGCCAACUCAUACCGAAGUGCUCACAACAGCGAGUGGCAUUCUAUACUCGUGCGAACUGGCGUUUACAUGGGAGGCGAGCCGGCAUGGACUCCAAAGACUAUUGCUGAUAAUGUCCAGAAAGCGGUUGAAUGGGGCUUGCAGCAUUCGAAGUGGCAGGUCAGAUAG